GUCACCACCAUACCCAUUUUUGCGACACGGAGCUAUCCAAGUUAAAAACACUUUCUUCCAAGUCUUUUGCAGCGCAGCCAUGAAAACCAUUCCUCCCCAAAACCCUCACUUCUUCAAGCCCAUUUUUAAAGGUUUCAAGAAUGGCGUGAACAUACCCACAGCUUUCUUGGCCAAGUACUUGAAAGGGCAGGACCCAAAGUUUGCGAUACUGAGAAGGGGGGAUCGGAGAUGGCGGGUGAAGAUCCGCGGCGGCCGGAUGCUCGCCGACGGCUGGGAAAAGUUUGCGGCGGAGAAUGGUUUUGUUGUAGGUGACUUUGUGGUGUUUAGACAGGAAAGAGAUACGGUGUUUGAUGUUUCGGUUUUCGAGCCCAGUCUAUGUGAAAGAGAUUUCCCACUUCCUGUCCCUCAGCCUUCCAACAACUUUUGCUCUGCUGUUGAACCAAUAGCACGAGAUACUACUUCAACCUCACCCGCUGAUCAUCCUUACUUUGUUUCCACUAUAAAACCGUACUGCCUCAAAGCUCAACAACUGUAUCUUCCCAUGGAGUUUGCGAGGUCCAAUGGCCUAGUGGCAAAAGAAAAGCGCGAGAUGAUUUUAAGAGACGAUAAAGAAAGAUCGUGGUCAGUGGUUCUGAGGAGAGAUGGCUAUCAUUUCGGUAUUCUAAAAGGUUGGCAAGCAUUUCGAGUGGCUAAUGGUUUGAAAGAAGGAGAUGCAUACAAGUUUGAGCUGAUUAAGACUGGGAAAACGCCUAUUGCCAAAUUGCAUUUACUGGGCACUACUUCAUCUUCGUCUGCUGAGAAUCCUCAUUUUGUUGCCACUAUACAACCGUACUGCCUCAGAAGGUCCAAUCUGUAUCUUCCGCUGGAGUUUGCAAGGUCGAAUGGCCUAGUGGGAGAAGAAAAACGCGAGAUGAUUUUAAGAGACGAUAAGGAGAGAUCGUGGACAGUAGUUCUGGGGAGAACGGGGCAUCACGUUGCUCUUAUGGGAGGUUGGCGAGCAUUUCAGAUGGCUAAAGGUCUGAAAGAAGGAGAUGCAUACAAGUUUGAGCUGAUUAAGAGUGGGAAGAAACCCAUCGCCAAAUUCCACUCAGGUCACUUUUCUGGAGAAGAAGAUUGAAGGAAGCUGCUGCAGGCAUGCUUUUUUGUGAAUGAAUCCAUUGUACUAAAAGAUGUUGUUUUCCUUGUGCUUUUUUGCUAUGUAAUCUUAGACUCUGUAGUGUACAAAGUUGAUGUGAUCUAAAUGAAUGGAUAUGAU